UGUUGUAAAGCACAGCUGGUGGGGAAAAUGAGCUAUGGAUUUCUGUUACUGCUCCUUCAUGUCCUGAAAGCUGUUAUUGGGCUGGAGGAGAAGAUCACUAAACUUGGAGACAAUGCUACACUCAGUUGCAUUUAUCGAGAAAGAGAACUGCACUUAAAAAAUUUACGGGUAUAUUGGCAAAUAACUGAUCAAGAAGAGUGUUCAGUUGUACACGCACUGAUCUCUGGUCAAGACAAUGAAAGUGAACAGUGUAUUCACUUUAAAAACAGGACUCAAUUAUUUUGGGACAGAUUGGAAAAUGGUGAUUUUUCUCUGCUACUUCUAAAUGUCAGCCAGAGCGAUGAACACAAGUACAAAUGUGUAAUACUGCAGAAAACUGAAUAUACCAGAGUCAUUCAUCAGACAGAAGUGCUUCUCAGUUUGGCAGCUAGUUAUAGCCAACCUGUGCUCAGUGGACCGAAAAGAAACAGUUACAGCACUGGAGAGGAGGUGACUUUCAGCUGCAACUCUGGCAAUGGAUACCCAAAACCCGAUGUUUAUUGGAUAAAUAAAACGGACAACAGCCACCUGCCUCCAUCGGAGCUAAAGAUCACCCUCCACGACGAUGGCACCUAUAGCGUUUUUAGCACGCUUAAGGUUAAAGCCACUUCUAACAUGCAAAUAGAGUGCUCCAUAGAAAAUAAAAUACUGCAGGAGAAUCUAUCAGUGAACUACACAGAGCAGGAACAAAGCAGUGAUUCUAGCACAGAAAGUCACAAAAACCUGGAAAAAAAUGGAAGAGGUGCUCAAGCAGCUGGAAUUGUUUCCAUUGUUAUUCUGAUAGGUGUUCUAGCUGUUUUAAUCUGCUGGCUGUGGAAACGGAGAUCCUCUAAACUAGUGUCCUACACAGAUGUCCAACCAAAUGAAGGCAAAGAUGAAAUCAACUCACCUGUCUAAAUGGAAAGUCUGUCAACAAUUUGGACAGCUGGAGAUGUCUCAAGAGAAGCAUCACUCCUUAUCUCAGUAGCAGCGUGGCUUGUAAUACAAGUGACAGAUUUCUGCAGACUAUGCCAAGAGAGAUGGGAAAAAAAAAAAGCUUCUCCAACACAAGAGACGGCAAAAUUUGCUGGAUUUCUAUUCCAACCACUGGCUGUGUCCACACAAGAGUUGUGUCACUGUGCCAGCUAACCACUUUGGACAGUCCUCUGUGACAGCCUGUCCAUGUAUUGAGCUUCUGCACGGAGGAAAGCCUGAGACUCAGCUACUCUGUGCCAGAGCACUGAAAGCUGGUGAGCACCCAGUCUCUCAUCAUCACCUUUGAGGACUUUGUUAGUAGCAGAAGCAACUGCUUUUCGGGAGCGUGGGAAGUUCUUGCUGUGUGUCUCCUUACCCUGAUGAUGACUACUGAAUGUGAAGAAAGGCAGCUAGAAGAAAAAAGAAAAAAAAACUGAAGGACUCUCUGCAAAGUGAGAUUUGUGACCUUUUCCACCUUUCUCUCUCUACAGUACAUGCUUCCAUUGUCUGGUUUCACCAGCUGUAUGCCAUUGUGUACAGGACUGGGGAGAACAUUUUGACCCAGUCCUCAAAAAAUGGUAGUUGCUCUGACGGGGUUAAGCACUGAAUGUGUUAAUGUAAGGGAACACGUGUUCUUUAAAUGCA